AUGCCGAUCCUGGCGGAGUUGGUUCACUGGUCAGCGCCCAACGCGGAGCAAAACUUUCAGCGAGUUCGCGAUGCCUAUGAGGUUCUUUCUGACGAUUCCCGCCGGCGUGAGUAUGACCGGCAGCUAACUCCGCAGUCGGGCCCGAGGGUCACUCGAACUCACUACUAUCGCUGGCAGCCAGGAGGCAUGCCUCGUACACAGGGUGGGUUUACCAACGAGGAAGCAGCCAGAGCUCGACAGGAGCACGAGGAGCUUCGCCGACGAGCUGAAGCGCAGUUCUUCGUGCAGUUUAACCAGUACCGGUAUCGGAGAAGCUUGUCGGAGUCACUCUUUCGAUUUCUGCCGCUGUUUUUGCCAGUUUGGACCGUCCUGAUGCUUUACUCCUUCUACCGUCGGAGCAAGAACAUUGAGCAGGGCUCUCCCGCAGAGAGCUUGCUGUUUGACCAGGAAGGCAAAGCAUUUGCACGUGAUGCGUAUGGCAGGCUUCAUCGGAUGCCUGAUUUGGACCGCCAAAGAUAG